UGGCUGUACUGGUUUAUAACACAGUUACACCUACACAUACAAUUCAAGGUAGAUAUUUUUAUCUAAUAUUUUAAUAUAAAACUCUCGAUACUCGGUACAAGUUCUUCAUUUUACGUAAGGUGCUAGUCAAGAUUUGGUUAUUCAUUUGUUUGUUGAUAUUCGUCGGAAAUGAGUUUAAGAGAAAAUAGGACGCCUCCUGGAGGAGUUUGUCAUGAUCUUUGGGGUGCCGAGUUCGUAGGAUCUCCGUGUCAUAAUAGAGUCUUGAAACCACCAGGUGGUGGAAGUAGUGACAUAUUUGGAGUGACAUCAUGUGAUGAAGUUAAUCCACAUAAACGUGGUACAAAUCAGAAGAAUCUUCAAAGCUCUAUAAUUUUGGGUGGACAAACAUCAAAACAUAGUAAUGAUACAGUUGCAGCCAACGGAAACUCUGAAAAACCUGAUGGUAAUCCAGUGACUGGAGAAGGCUAUAAAGCUCCUAAGGUAAUAGCUACACCAGCUCAGCAUGUUUCUGAUCAAUCAGAACCAGCUCCAGAACAAAAGAAGGUAAGCCGUGUGCCACCAGGUGGAUACAGUUCCGGAUUAUGGUAAUUGCUGGACCAGGAAAACCAACAAAAUGUUGUCACAAUUUAUACAUCGCUUUGUAUUUCUAUGAUAUAUUGAUGACCUUUGAUCACAUUUCAUCAAUAAAAAACGUAUUUAUGGUAUA